CCCUCCCUCCCUCUUACUGGUUGGUCAUUUCCUCCUUAUUAUAACAGAAAUAAACCAACUCAUUUUCCUCCAUACUCUUGUACUCUCUUUUACUCCAUUUUCUUCAAGAGAAAAAAGGGUCUUAUAUGGUAUACAAAUCUUGAUUUUUCUUAAGAAUACUUGUGUUGUGUAGCACUGCGAUCUCCAUUUUUAUGGAUAAAAGGGUGUCCAAUUCUUGAAAUUAUCUUAAAAUUUGUGUUGUGUAGCUCCAUUUUCGUAAGGAAAAGAAGGGCCUUAAAUGGUAUACAAUUUUGCUCCAUACUUGUGUUGUGUAGCUCUGCAAUCUCCAUUUUUAUGAAAAAAGGGUCUUAAAGGAUGUCCAAAUCUUGAAAUUAUCUUAAAAUUUGUGUUGGGUAACACCAUUUUCUCAAGGGAAAAAAGGGUGUUAAAUGGUAUCCAAAUCUUGAAUUUUUCUUAACAAUUUACUUCAUACUUGUAUUGUUUAGUUGCGUGAUCUCCAUUUUCUGGAAAAAAAAAAAGAGGUGUUUAAGGGUGUCCAAUUCUUGAAUUCUUUUUGAAAUUUGUUAGAACACCCUACUGUGUCUAGCUCCAUUUUCUGAAAAAGGGUCUUAAAGGGUGUUAAAAUCUUGAAUUUUCUUCAAAUUUUGCUCCUUACUUGUGCUGUUUAGUUCUGUCAUCUCCAUUUUUUCUGAAGAAAGGGUGUGUUCAAAUCUUGAAUUUUCUUCAACUAUUGCUCCAUACUUGUGGUUGUGUAGCUCUGUAUGUUCUCCAUUUUCUUGAAAAGGGUGUCCAAAUCUUGAAUUUUUCUUCAAAUUUGUUGAACCAAAUACCCCAUUUCUUCCAUAUUUAUGCUGUCUAGCUCCAUUUUUUCAAAAAGGGGGAAAAGGGUGUCCAAAUCUUGGAUUUUUUCCGUUGAAAAUUGUUACUAAAAACUUAUUUAUUGUUAUUGUAACUUUACUCUACUUCCUUUUUCAUGUGUUCCCAAUAUAGGAAGUUACCAACCCCAUUUUCUCACUACAUUUGUGUUAUUUAGGUAUCUAAACUUCCCUUCUUGAAAAAGGGUUUUAAAGGAUGUCCAAAGCUUGAAUUUACUCUUACCCUUUUGUGAUCUUUGCUGGAAAACCAAAUUUCAGAUUUGUGGGGAAAAAAGGAAGUUGGAAUAUGGUGAGUAAGGUGACUUCACCUAGGAAAUCAAUACACACAGUGUUGGAGAGAGUUGGUGUUUAUGGAUUUGUUGGAGGUAGCAGCCAGAAGAGAUUAAAGUAUGAUUUUCAAGAUGAAGAAGAUGAUACUAUGGAAAUGGUACAGAUUGGUGCUGAAAGGACUAAAAAUGUGCUUAUUUUGAUGAGUGAUACUGGUGGUGGACAUAGGGCUUCAGCUGAGGCAAUUCGAGAUGCAUUCAAGUUAGAAUUUGGGGAUGAAUAUAGAAUAUUUGUCAAGGAUGUUUGGAAGGAAUACACUGGCUGGCCAUUGAACAACAUGGAGCAACAAUACAAGUUCAUGGUUAAACAUGUUGGCCUUUGGAGUGUCGCAUUUCAUGGCACGUCGCCUCGGUGGAUACACUCCGUCUAUCUUGCUGCUAUUGCGGCCUUUUAUGCGAAGGAGGUAGAAGCUGGCCUGAUGGAGUACAAGCCAGACAUAAUCAUUAGUGUUCAUCCUCUUAUGCAGCACAUUCCUUUAUGGGUUCUCAAAUGGCAAGGCCUACAGAAAAAAGUAAUUUUUGUAACAGUCAUUACGGAUCUCAACACUUGUCAUCGUACAUGGUUUCAUCCAGGAGUCAAUCGUUUGUACUGCCCCUCGGAGGAGGUAGCAAAGAGGGCCUCACUAGAUCGCUUGGCAGAAUCUCAAAUACGUGUUUUUGGGUUGCCCAUCCGGCCUUCCUUUUGCCGGGCAGUUCUUUCCAAGGAUGACCUUCGAGUAGAACUUGAGAUGGAUCCCACAUUGCCAGCGAUUUUGCUGAUGGGUGGCGGUGAAGGUAUGGGUCCUGUGAAGAAAACUGCAAAGGCUCUUGGAGAAGCACUCUUCAGUAAGGAACUUGGCAAGCCAAUCGGUCAAAUGAUUGUUAUAUGUGGACGCAAUGAAGCUCUAGCAUCCACAUUACGAUCACUCGAAUGGAACAUCCCUGUUCAGAUCAAGGGAUUUCAGAAACAGAUGGAGAAGUGGAUGGGUGCUUGUGAUUGUAUUAUCACAAAGGAGAAGGGAAAUGUUCCGUUCGUAGUCGACAAUGGAGCAGGUGUUUUCACGCGACGCCCCAAGGAAACAGCUCGUAUUGUUUCAGAAUGGUUUACCACCAAAAGCGACGACUUGAAAAGGAAGUCGGAGAACGCGCUGAAACUUGCACAACCUAAUGCUGUCUUUGAUAUUGUGAAGGACAUACAUGAAUUGGCAUGCCAAAGAGGACCUCUUGCCAACAUUCCUUACAUAUUGACAUCUUCAUUUUCAAGUCUAAUUUAGUUAGCAUAAUAGAUUGAAGUGUUUGUUUGUUGUUAGUUGCAUAUUAUCUAGAGAGUAGGUUCAAUUGAUCAAUCUCAUUCUUUGGCCACAAAGGCCUUAAGUGCUCAUUGUGAGCUGUAAUUUAUUAGCUAUUAGUCAAAUUGUGAUUCUAGUGUAAAAAAAUAUAUAAGAGAUGGAAGAUUGCCAAGAAAAGAAAAGUGAAGGUGCAAUUCUCUUGGGAGUUAUGUGGGGAAAUAGAGAAGUAUGAUGAAUGAUUUUUGACUCUAUUUCCAUGUAUUUGUUUUUGUAUAUAUUCUUUUGUGGCUAGAGUUUAUUAUUA